UAUAAAAAGUCGAUCCGUAAUUGUUUUUCUAUUAAUUUUGAUUUAAAAUUUCAACCAUGAAGGUGUUUGUGCUAUUGCUAGCCGUUCUCGGCACUACUCUAGCGGCAAAGUUGGAUAAAACACCUUAUUUGGAUAAAACUCCAAAUGGACUGGCAGCGUUACUCGCUGAAAAAGGGGGUAUAGAAGUUGGCGAAAUUGGUACACGCAUUGUUGGAGGUGUCACUACACCAAUUGAACAAGUUCCAUACAUCGUUUCCAUGCAAAGAAAUAAUGCUCAUCGUUGUGGUGGUGCGAUCAUUAGUCCGACCAGAAUCCUAACUGCAGCACAUUGUCUGUUUGCAACGUUCUUUCCAAUACCAGCCACUGAACUAUCAGUUCGGGCUGGUUCGUCUAACAGCGCAUCAGGCGGUCAAGUCAUUCAAGUUUUACGUUAUGUCAAUCAUCCCCAAUACAGUCAUAUCACAUUAAACAAUGACAUAGCGGUAAUGCAUCUUGUAUCGGCCUUGGAUUUAUCCCCUGCCGGUGUGGCUACUAUUGGAAUGCCGGCACAAAACGCUGGAGUUGCUGCAGGAACAUUAGCACGAGUGUCUGGAUGGGGUGCUUUAUCGGAAGGUGGUGCAGGAUCUAUAACUUUGCAAGCCGUUAGCGUUCCAGUUGUCACCAACGCCGAAUGUAAUGCCUCAUAUGGUGGUGGCAUCACUAAUGGUAUGCUUUGUGCCGGUUUCCCAGAAGGAGGAAGAGACGCCUGUCAAGGUGACUCUGGUGGCCCGUUAUCUGCUGGCAAUCAAGUUAUUGGUAUUGUUUCAUGGGGUCGAGGAUGUGCCCGUCCAGGAUUCCCAGGAGUGUACGCACGUGUUGCAUUUUACAGAAGCUGGAUCGAUGAAAACUAAUAUUGGCAAAAUUAAAAUAUUUACGGACUAAUAAAAAGCGAUUGCUUCUCUAUACUUGCCUAUUAAAAAUUAAUUUCGUUUUCUUUCAAA